GUUCUCUUGGCCACACCUGGGGUCGUGCAUACUAUUACCAGUCCAACAAGCUUCCGAGCUGAAUAUCGUCGUGCCGGUAGCGGGUCUAGCCUAUUGGCCCGGCCUGUCAAGCUACAGGUAGACAUGGUGCGAGCCACAGCCUCAGCUGCCACCCUGGCAAAUGUGUCAUCUUCAAUUUCGUCACCAUUCGCUUCUUCCUCUCCAUCCUCUCAAAUGACUGGACAAAUUAUUGGAUCGCCUAUAUCUGGCCUCUCUGUGCCACCUGAGCGAGAACUAUAUGCCGUCAACUUUCAACUACUUUCUGUCUACUUAACUUUCACGUGA